AUGUUUUGGGGUCUUAUCAUGGAACCAAACAAACGGUACACCCAGGUGGUGGAGAAGCCGUUCCACAUAUCACAGGCGGCUAUGGAUAUUUCAACAGGCGAUAAUGACCCAUGCCAAGUUAUGGUGGUAGUUGAUGGUAAAAACUUCUUGGUAUGCACACUCCAGAAGGGCAAGGAUAUCCAAGUACCACUAGACUUAUACUUCAAAACUGGAGAUUCAAUAUCAUUCCUAACUAAUGGCAAAUGCAAUGUCCAUUUAACUGGAUACUUAGACCCUGAGUUUGAAGAUGAUCUAGAAGAGGAGGAGGAUGAUGAUGAGGAAGAAGAGGCUCCAGCCCUUGUACCUCCCAAGAACAAGAGGAAAUUGGAGACCAAUAAUGAUACUUCAGCUAGCAAAAAGGCAAAGGCUGACAAGAAAGGCAAGAAAGCCCGUGGUGCUGAAAGCUCAGAAGAUGAAGACGAAGACCAGUUACAAAAGUUCUUGGAUGGUGAGGAGAUUGAUACUGAUGACAAUGAUGAAUCCUUCAAAGUGAACACAUCUGCUGAGGGAGAUGAUAGUGACGAGGAUGUGGAAGACGAGGAAGAGGAAGAUGACGAGGAUGAAGAGGACGAUGUAGAAGAAGCCUCUGAUGAAGAGGAUGAGUCUCCAAAAAAGAAGAAGAAGGGAGCAGCUCCUGAAGAGGCUGACACAACACUUGACACCAGCAAGGAGGAUGGUUCUGUAGACCUGUCUAAGCUGUCGAAGUCACAGAAACGGCGUUUAAAGAAAAAGAUGCAGCAGCAAAACAAACAACCUCAAGUUAAUGGUGUUGCUAAAAAGGAAGAAGCUCCACAGAAAGCUGAGAAGAAGAAGCCUGAAGCCAAGAAGGAGGCUCCAGCUGGACAAGCUGUAGAGAAAAAGGAAAAGAAGCAGCUAAGUGGUGGUGUGAGCAUUGAAGAUGUGAAGAUUGGCAGCGGACCGGUGGCCAAACCUGGCAAAAUUGUCAUGGUGUACUAUGAGGGCCGCUUAAAACAAAACAACAAGAUGUUUGAUAAUUGUGUGAAGGGACCUGGAUUCAAAUUCAGACUGGGUGCCAAGGAGGUAAUCGCUGGUUGGGAUGUUGGUAUCUCAGGCAUGAAGGUUGGAGGCAAGAGGAAGAUUGUGUGCCCACCCGCAAUGGGGUACGGAGCUAAAGGCUCACCUCCAGUGAUCCCACCAAAUUCAACAUUAGUAUUUGAAGUAGAAUUAAAGAAUGUUAAAUAA